CCGAGCAGCCAGUCCGCACCUGAAGUCUACCUGUGGAUCCGCAGCCGUCAGCAGCACCAUGGGGGUCUCCGCGUCCAGUCUCCUGGAUGAAGCCACGUCCGCCUACAUUAAAGAUCAGGCCCUAAGCGAGCUGAAGGAGUUCGCUCCGUACUACAGGAAGCAGUUCGCCGUGGCCCGCUUCGCCCAGGUGGAGGACAAGCUGGAGCAGAACAAGAAGAUCACGCAGCUGCUCAGGCAGAAGGAGGCUCCUGAGGAGGCCAUCGUUCUCUACGAGGAGGGCGUCCGUUACUUUGAUGAAACCAGGAAGUGGAGGGAGCGGUACGUCGUGGUGAGAGCCAAUUACUCCCUGGAGUGUCACGAAAGCCUGCAGUCUUACAUGAAAGGAGCUCCUUCGCUUUACAAGCUGCUGCCUACAGGGGGCACCGUUCUGACCACAGAGGAGUCCUACAUGGAAAUGGUGAACAGAUGCUAUCCUGAUGACGGCGUUGCAGGUGUGAAGGAGGAGUUUGCGCCUCCUCUGUCGGGAAUGCCGGGGCAGUUUCCCGUCUACCUGCGUCUGCCCUACAGGAGGGAUUCGUACUUCUGCUUCAGGCAGCAGGCCAAGCAGGCCGCCUUCAUCUCCAUCCUGUCGGACUGCAUCAAGCACCAGAACCAAGACUUCCUGAAGAAGAAGACGUGUGAAGUCCAGGCCUUCCUGAAGGCGGUGCAGCUCUACCGGCAGGACGGCGGCAGAUACCAGGUGUGGGACAUGCUGAUCGGCAGCGACGUGCGGGUGUUGGCCAACCUGGUGAUGGAGAAGCUGCUCCCGUGGCUGGGCAAAGAGCUGCUGCCUCGCCUCAAAGCCAAGAAGACGGAGAGGAAGAGACUUUGGUUCUCUGCGAUGGAGGAAGCGUACUUCCUGGUCCAGGAGCAUCUGCUGGCCGGACUGUCGGCCCUGAAGGAGGAGUGCAGGACGUCGGCCCAGGAGCAGGACUUCCUGAUGAACUCUGACAUGGACCAGAUCCUCAACACCAGGCAGCAGCUGGAGGAGAAGGUCCGAGCCAAAGUCUCAGAACCCGCCGAGCGGCUGUGCUCCGAGUCCGUCCAGCCCUACCUGGGCUCCGUCCUGGAGGAGCUGAUGGAACCCGUCAGCUGCGGCUUCCUGGAAGGACGACAGCUGAUCGAAACCAAGAUGGACGAGGUGUGUCGGGACGUCCAGCAGGGGGCGGACAACGAGAAGCUGAAAAAGGCUCUGGGUGAGAUGGCGAGACCGAACCUGCUGAGCUGCUACGAGAAGAUCGGCUCCCUGCAGGACAAGCUGAAGGACCUGCAGGAGCGGUUCGACUUCUCCACCAUCACCGCCGUGACGCACGGCGCUCAGAUCGACCUGCAGCAGCUGGUUGAGAACGCAGCGUACACCUUCGAGCUGAUGGUGAAGAAAGCUGUGGAGGAGAACGCUGAAACUGCCGCCGGCGUCAUCGACAAAGCCAAACACAGAGUCCUGAAGCAAUACGACUAUGACAGCAGCACGGUGAGGAAGAGGAUCUUCCAGGACGCCCUGGUCUCCAUCACGCUGCCCUUCAUCAAGAAGAACCUGGCGGACUCCUGCAAAGCCGAGCUUCAGGGUCUGGAACAGACCAUCUACGCCGACUACUCCAACUUCAUCCACAUUGAGAACGUCUAUGAAAACAUCUUGCUGCAGAUCCUGGACCAGGAGGCCUCCAGAGUGGUGAAGGAAGCCGCCAGCCUGAAGAAACACAACCUGUUCACCGGGAACAGCCGCGGCAGCCUCUCCUCCGUCUCCACGCCCAGCACCCCCACCCUGGCCCCGGCCUCCUCCGUCAGAGCCGCCUCACAGAGCCCUCCGUCUCCUCUGGCCACCAACGGCCUGCCCCUCAGUGGCAGGAAGGAGAAGGAGGCGCCGCAGGAGAGCCAGACCUUGAUGGACGCCGGCGGUCCGGAGGCAGAGCUGCCGGCUGCUGAAGCGGAAGACGCCGUCCGAACGCUGAAGGCAGAAGGACUGGAGACCGCCGUGCCGCCAGAGUCAGGAGACGCCGCAGAGAUCCAGGAGAAUCGUACUUCGGUCCAAACAGAACCAGAAACAGCAGCUGAGCCAGAAACCCAGAGAGCAGAUCAUCAAGACGAGGUGGAUACCGCUUCUUCUGGACCUUCUGCUGCUGCAGGAGGUCUGGCUCCAGAAGCAGCCAACCAAGCCGAGAAGCUUUCAGCAGAGGAACCAGGACCCCAACCUGCAGCCGGCAGCGAGGAAACGGUGCAAAGCCUGAAGGCAGGAGGCAAGCCAGAGGCGCCCUCUGGUGGCGGAGAGGCAGAAGACGUCGGCCUGGAGCUCAAGGUGGAGACGGAGUCCCUCACCGCCUCAGACCCCAACUCCCUGGACGUGUCUGUGGGAAGUGAGUCUCCACGCUCUGAGCUGGAGUCCACAGCAGGAAUCUCAGAAACCUCAGAGCUCCUGCAGGACGUGCAGACCUCUGUGAGCCUGGGGGAAAGACCUGAGGAGCGACCCUCAGCUGAGGAGCGACCCUCAGCUGAGGAGCCCUCCUCUGAGGCUCAGACGCAAGCUGUGAGAGAAGAUGGAGGCGUGGAAGCUGGAGGCGUGGAAGAUGGAGGCGUGGAAGACGGAGGCGUGGAAGAUGGAGGCGUGGAGGCCGGCGCCGGGGCGACUGUGGAGACGGCAGCAGAACCAGCGGCUGCUGCGACCGGUCCGCCUGCUGGGGACGGUCCUGCGGUCCAGCUGCCGGACUGUGUGAAGGAGAUCCGUAACCUGGUGGAGGAGGUGAUCGAGGUGGAGCAGCCGGUGCAUCAUUACCCCAAAGAGGAAUGAACUGGACCUGCGGGAGGGACUGAUGGUGGGGGGAGCAGAACCAUUUUAAACUCAUGCAUGGAAAUGUAGAAAAAUAUUUAUACCAAUCAUUUAAUUCUGCGAUUUUAGCUGAAGUGUUUUAGGAAACUGGACAAAGAGACUUUAUGACGGCCGCAGGCUGAAGUUCUGGUUUCAGGACGCUCAUCUGUCACUGAUGCUGGCCCAGCCGGAUCAGAGCGGCGUUGGUCAGAUCGUUCGGGUCAGAACGUUCUGGACCACCUGACCAAUGAGCGUCUCCUGAACCAUCAACCAUCAUCUCAGCGCUCUAAAGACAGACGUCAGUCUGCUGCGUGCCCUCGCUGUGCCUCGCUGUGCCUAGCAGUCCUCAGACGUCACCGAGCGGCCCUGACUCCGGAGGCUGUUGCCAUGGAGACGGGAGCAGAGUCCCCGGGUUGUAAUCCGGAUCCUCCCCACGGAGCGCCUCCCAGAGGCAGCAGGACUGAGCUGUGAAGAAGCUCCCAGAGAACAAACCUGAAGCUGUUUCUGCUGUCUGGCCUCUUUGUUUCCUUCCAGUAAAUCAAACGCAACACAACGAUGCUUCAAGUCUUUAUUUCUGCACAGAAAUCUGAGAAUCAUUAAAGCUGCGGCGGCGGCGGCCAUGUUUGCUCAGAUUGCAGCAGAGCUGCAGGCACAUCCAGAACAAGAACAUUCAUUAGAAAGCUGCUCGUUAUAUUAUAUUCAUAUUCAACACAGAAACAUUAAAGCGUGAAAAGAGGCGACGGCGCCGUAGAAACGAUGCAGUUUAGCUCCAACCAGCAGCAAAAUGGGCCUUUUCACCGCUUUCCUCAUACAGGAACGGUUCUGUACCAGCAGGUCCACCUGUUCCUGCGCAUCCACCCGUCUGACGGAUCUGCAACGUUUAAAUCUGAAGCUCUGAAUUAAUCAGGAAAGUUCUAGAAGCUGUUUGCACCAAACGGCUCCAUAAGGAGCAUGAAAGCGUGAUUCUGCGGCUGAACUCUCGCUCCAUCGUCUCAGACGCUCAGUGGCGGCUGGACGGGAUGAGCAGCUCUGGUUCUGGUCGGGUCAGAUGUGGACCUGGACCUCAGCACCCAGCCGGCCUCCCGGCUCUUAUCGUUACUAACGAGCAAAUCUUUAACGGUCAGACGUGUUUAUUCCAGAGAAGUUGGUGUGUUUGUGGCGCUAAAGGGGACGUGGUGGUGAAUUAUGAUUCUGUUGUAUUUAUCCUGUGGAAUAAAACCAAAAUCAGCCUAAAUCUGUCGGGGAAAGAUGUAAAAAAGCUGCAGAAGUAUUCACACCCUCCAUCUGUGACUCCAUUAAAGCUACUUUCCUUCACUUCA